GUGCCCAGCCCGCCUUCUGCAAGCUCGGCGGCGGGAGCUUCUGUCUGCGCGGACCUGGAAAGGCUGCUGCUGCUGCUCGUCCAACCUUCGCGAGCUUGGAAUCCGCAGAGCGCUGCAGCCUCUCGCUCGCCCGUGCCUGUUCCCGUCCCCGUCGCGCGGCCAGGGCACUGCCCCAGUAAGUUGCGGGUAGAGCGCGGGGGCCCCCCGAAGGGAAGCGAGCGGUGGAGCGCGGGCGUUCAGGCCGCGUCCAGCUGCUUGCAGCUGCCCGGAGGCCUCGCUCCAGCGACUGCUGAGCGGAGCGUCGGGGGCACUGGGGACGGGGACUGCCGCUCAGGACCCUGGGUCUCCGGCCUGCACCCGGGGCUACUACCCUCCUCCUCUUGUCGGUCCCCGGUGCCGCUGGCUGACUCUCACUCGAGGCGUGCAGAUCCCGCAACGGCCACGCGGGUCGCAGAACUUGGACAUAGGGACUGGGACUCCCCGAGUGUUCCUAGUCACUAGAGUUCUGGGAGACCCUGGGUAUCUCUCUCUGGAAGGGUAGCCCGCCUCCACACCCUGCAGGAGGAGUGGUCCCCCAAGUCGUCUUUCACUCCCUUGGGGUUCUUGGUUUAAAUUUGGAACAAGACUUGGAUCGCCACGAAGCCUUUUCCCAUCUUGCUGUGGAUUGGGUUGCUCUCUUCCACCAUGAUUCCCUGCAGAGCAGUGCUGACUUUCGCGCGAUGUCUGAUCCGGAGAAAAAUUGUCACACUGGACAGCCUUGAAGAUUCCAAACUCUGCCGCUGCUUAACCACCGUGGACCUCAUCGCUUUGGGGGUUGGAAGCACUCUGGGCGCUGGGGUCUACGUCCUGGCUGGGGAAGUCGCCAAAGCCGAUUCUGGCCCGAGUAUCGUGGUGUCUUUCCUCAUCGCUGCCCUGGCCUCGGUUAUGGCCGGCCUUUGCUAUGCUGAAUUUGGGGCCCGAGUACCCAAGACUGGAUCUGCGUAUCUAUACACUUACGUCACGGUCGGAGAGCUGUGGGCCUUCAUCACUGGCUGGAAUCUCAUCCUGUCAUAUGUCAUAGGUACGUCCAGUGUCGCAAGAGCAUGGAGUGGCACCUUCGACGAACUUCUUAAUAAACAGAUUGGCCAGUUUUUCAAAACGUACUUCAAAAUGAAUUACACUGGUCUGGCAGAGUAUCCAGACUUCUUUGCCGUGUGCCUUGUAUUACUCCUGGCAGGUCUUUUAUCUUUUGGAGUAAAAGAGUCUGCUUGGGUGAAUAAAUUUUUUACAGCUAUUAAUAUCCUGGUCCUUCUCUUUGUCAUGGUGGCUGGGUUUGUGAAAGGAAAUGUGGCUAACUGGAAGAUCAGUGAAGAGUUUCUCAAAAAUAUAUCAGCAAGUGCCAGAGAACCACCUUCUGAGAACGGAACAAGCAUCUACGGGGCUGGCGGCUUUAUGCCCUAUGGCUUUACAGGGACGUUGGCUGGUGCUGCAACGUGCUUUUAUGCCUUUGUGGGCUUUGACUGCAUUGCAACAACGGGUGAAGAGGUUCGGAAUCCGCAAAAGGCGAUCCCCAUCGGAAUAGUGACGUCCUUACUUGUCUGCUUUAUGGCUUACUUUGGGGUUUCUGCAGCUUUAACGCUUAUGAUGCCUUACUACCUCCUGGAUGAGAAAAGUCCACUCCCGGUCGCGUUUGAGUAUGUCAGAUGGAGCCCCGCCAAAUAUGUUGUCUCGGCAGGCUCCCUCUGCGCCUUAUCAACAAGUCUUCUUGGAUCCAUUUUCCCAAUGCCUCGUGUAAUCUAUGCUAUGGCGGAGGAUGGGUUGCUUUUCAAAUGUCUAGCUCAAAUCAAUUCCAAAACGAAGACACCAGUAAUUGCUACUUUGUCGUCGGGUGCAGUGGCAGCUGUGAUGGCCUUUCUUUUUGACCUGAAGGCCCUCGUGGACAUGAUGUCUAUUGGCACCCUCAUGGCCUACUCUCUGGUGGCAGCCUGUGUGCUUAUUCUCAGGUACCAACCUGGCUUGUGUUAUGACCAGCCCAAAUACACCCCUGAGAAAGAAACUCUGGAAUCAUGUACCAAUGCGACUUUGAAGAGCGAGUCCCAGGUCACCAUGCUGCAAGGACAGGGUUUCAGCCUACGAACCCUCUUCAGCCCCUCUGCCCUGCCCACACGACAGUCGGCUUCCCUUGUGAGCUUUCUGGUGGGAUUCCUGGCUUUCCUCAUCCUGGGCUUGAGUAUUCUAACCACGUAUGGCGUCCAGGCCAUUGCCAGACUGGAAGCCUGGAGCCUGGCUCUUCUCGCCCUGUUCCUUGUCCUCUGCGUUGCCGUCAUUCUGACCAUUUGGAGGCAGCCACAGAAUCAGCAAAAAGUAGCCUUCAUGGUCCCGUUCUUACCGUUUCUGCCGGCCUUCAGCAUCCUGGUCAACAUUUACUUGAUGGUCCAGUUAAGUGCGGACACUUGGAUCAGAUUCAGCAUCUGGAUGGCGCUUGGCUUUCUGAUCUACUUCGCCUAUGGCAUUAGACACAGCUUGGAGGGUAACCCCAGGGAUGAAGAAGACGAUGAGGAUGCCUUUUCAGACAACAUCAAUGCAGCAACAGAAGAAAAGUCCGCCAUGCAAGCAAAUGACCAUCACCAAAGAAACCUCAGCUUACCUUUCAUACUUCAUGAAAAGACAAGUGAAUGUUGAUGCUGGCCCUCGGUCUUACCACGCAUACCUUAACAAUGAGUACACUGUGGCCGGAUGCCACCAUCGUGCUGGGCUGUCGUGGGUCUGCUGUGGACAUGGCUUGCCUAACUUGUACUUCCUCCUCCAGACAGCUUCUCUUCAGAUGGUGGAUUCUGUGUCUGAGGAGACUGCCUGAGAGCACUCCUCAGCUAUAUGUAUCCCCAAAACAGUAUGUCCGUGUGCGUACAUGUAUGUCUGCGAUGUGAGUGUUCAAUGUUGUUGGUUAUUAGUCUGUGACAUAAUUCCAGCAUGGUAAUUGGUGGCAUAUACUGCACACACUAGUAAACAGUAUAUUGCUGAAUAGAGAUGUAUUCUGUAUAUGUCCUAGGUGGCUGGGGAAAUAGUGGUGGUUUCUUUAUUAGGUAUAUGACCAUCAGUUUAAACAUACUGAAAUGCCAUCCCCUGUCAGGAUGUUUAACAGUGGUCAUGGGUGGGGAAGGGACAAGGAAUGGGCAUUGUCUAUACAUUGUAAUGCAUAUAUCCUUCUCCUACUUGCUAAGACAGCUUUCUUAAACGGCCAGGGAGAGUGUUUCUUUCCUCUGUAUGACAAGAUGAAGAGGUAGUCUGUGGCUGGAGAUGGCCAAUCCUGGUUUUGAGAGCCUUGGUCCUUAAAUUUAACACUUCUACCUGCUGUAAAUGAUAUACCCAUCAACUCCUUGAAAGUCUCAGGAAAGGUACCGUGGCCUACUUGGGACCCUUUAAGCCAGAGAGUGAACGUAGUUCCAGUGGCUUCAGAAGAUCAGAUGACUUACAAAGAUGCUUGGCAGAGACUGAAGGCAGAAUAGGCCUCCGAAUCACACAUUUGGUAGACUGGUUCAGGCUGUUUCCCAUUACUUCAGACCUAAUCACAGCUCAGCGUCUGCUCCUUCAUCACAGAACCCAGUCUUUUGUUUCUCAUCUUUCCUUUGAUCUGGAUGAAAACGAGUGUGGUAGCAAAUUCUUUUUUUACUGUGGACAAAAAAGACACAGAUGGAGGGGUAUAGGAAAAUGCCCUUAGUCCAGUCUCACAGGGCGCUUGAGCCCAGUUGAAGGAUUUUAAACCUAAUUUUCCUCUGAUAUUUCUUUUAGAAAUGUUUAGAGAUUCUCCUAUCUAUCUCCUACCCUAUCUCAUCAUUUAGCACUUAUAAAUUUAUUUUCUCCCUGUCUUUAUUUCUUUGUUUGUUUGUUUGUUUGUUUGUUUGUUUUUCGAAACAGGUUCUUUCUAUGUAGCCCUGGAACUCACUCUAUAGACCAGACUAACCUUGAACUCACAGAAAUCCACCUGCCUCUGCCUCCCAAGUAGCUGGAAUUAAAGGCGUGUGCCACCACUGCCUGACCAUUUAGCUGUUUUUAUUUCAUUUGCUUUUAAAGGACCACACAAAGCCUCUCAACAAUAAAUCAUCCAUUACUUUCAGAACACAAUUAUCUAAAACUUCGAGCUAAAUAACCAAACUGGAUUAAAAGCACAGUGACCUUUGUAUAUGAUUAAAUAAACUUUUAAAUUUAAGAUUCUCUGGUUGCUACACUUUUCCUUUAUAGGGUUCUCUGAUAGUGGAUCAGAAACACCCAGUCAUGCUUAUUCAUCAUGAAUUAACCUUGUAUAAAUAAUUAAAUGGUUUAUUGGCUAAAUCUAGAGCUAGACACUUUUCAGGUGUGGCACUCCCAGGAGACCACAAAUGCUAGUUGCCCUGCAUAAUCCGUAGACAAAGAAGAUGGUUGCUUCCCAUAGUUCUUCUAAGAGAUCAUUUAUUUUACUGGUGCUCUUUGGCAUAAGCUGACGUUCAUUGUGAUUAGCUCUCAGAUCAGCAGGCAAAGGUUCUGGGAUCCUGGUUGUCAGGGAUGCAUCCUUGACCCAGAACUUAGUGCUGACAUUCCAAAAUUUCCAGGGUACAAGUGGUAAAAUCUGAAGGCCAGCCACCCUUUCUAACUGCGUGCUUUACAGAGGAGGAGUUGGAUGAACAAGGGCUAAAAUAGUUUGGGAAGGACGAUAGGCAUGAUCAGGAAUUGAUGUCAUUGAUGGCUGCUCGGAGAGGGAGAAUCAGGGACGAGCCCCAUGAUAGCUUAUCUAAUCCCAAAUAGUCAACAUUAAACACUUACACAUACAAGCAGCACUAAUUGGACUCAACAAGUUACACACACACAGAGGCAUACAAACAAUAUGUAACAAUAAUAAAGAAGAGGUUAUGGGUGUCAUAAGGAGUGGGGGGAUUGGAGGGGAAAGGAGAAGGUAGAAAUUAUCAGAAUACUUUACUCUUGUAUAAUAUUCUCCAAAAAAUUAAUUUAAAUAAAAAUCCUUACUGUUCCAGCAGUGCCCUUCACACAGGAAAUGUGAGCAGUUUCAUAUAUGAAUUCCUAGAUUUCUUACUGUAACAAAACCAGAUUCAUUCAGGCUGUGGAAGGCAGCCUCAAGUAUUGUGCCCACUGUGUGUGCAGUCAGGGGCAGAAUCUAGCUCAAUAUGUUCACACCAGAGCACGUUGGAAACAUGAAUGUCUGUAAAGACAUGCUAUCUCAGUGACCGUGCCUUUUCCUUUCCUGUGAAGAACCGAAUGGGCAGCAUGUCUGUGUGUAUAGUGUUUAUAAACACAUUAACAUAUGUCUGUGUGUGUGUGUGUUUGUGCAGGGAUUGGCUAUCAGUGUGUAAGUAAGUUGAGUUUAUGAUGAGCUUUGGAUAAGAUGUUGUUACAUAGAUUUUUUUUAAAAACCCAAUUGAUGUGGAGAGAGCUUAAUGUUUUAUACUAAUAGAUAAUUUAGAUUUUAAGCUAUUUUAAGAUAUACAAUUUUAUAUGUAUAUGUUUUCUAUAGAUAGAUUCUUUAAGACAUAUUUAUCAUAUUUCUAAUAUGAAGUCACUAAACUCUAGUGACAGGCGCUUUGGAAUCUGAAUGGAGUAGAACCUGAGGCCUUGAGACUUUCGUUUUGUUUCUGUCGCACUGUUUCUGACCCACAGGGAAUGCUAGCACUACCUGCUCUUUGCCAACCUUGUCCUUGUACACAUGAGUUCAGCACACUUGGUACAAAACGUCCUAGUCUCUGCCUUAGGGUCACCUAAAUAUUGUGUGUAGAUUUGACUAGCGAGCAAACACCCAGAAUCUCAGAUGCUUACACAUCCUAUUCAUUAUGACAAGCAAAGGCAACUUGGAUUUCUUCCUUCGCUGCUUUCUUUCUUCUUAUCCUAAGAACUGUGCUGUUGGGAUUUGCAGUGAGAUUGUCUUGUAACAGCUCUUUAAGGGUGCUUUUGGGAAUUCAAGUUUAGAAACUCCUGAGAAAAACUUACUAGAACCUUUGAGGUGGUCUCAAAUAUCUUAAUUUUGUUUUCCUUAGUGAUUAAAAAAAAUGUCAAUAAAACUAAAUAACCGAAAGAUUAUAAACAUAUAUAUCAACAUUAAUAUGGAAAAUCAACAUUGAAACUAUUGUUGAUGUUAACUUUAGUAUUAACUGUAAUUGAUUUAAAAACAACCCCAGCUUCUGAAGAGUAAACAAAUCAUCUCCCUAAAGAAUAAAAGGUUAUCUAGUUUUAAUUUUUAUCAAGUAUUUCUAAGUCCUGCCUGUUUGCAGGUAGUUGUUUUAAAAUGUUUUCUUCCAGUGCCUUUAAUCCCAGCACUCGAGAGACAGAAGCAGGCCGAUCUCUGAGUUCGAAGCCAGCCUGGUCUACAGAGUGAGUUCCAGGACAGCCUGGGCUACACAGAGAAACCCUAUCUUGAAAAAACAAAAACAAAAACAUGUUUUCUCAUAAAGCACUGUGAGUCAGCAGAAUUGUCACUAAAUUGCUUUGUAAGCUUGAACAUUUAGCACAGGUGAAGAAGGGACGUGACUGGCUUACCUUACAGUGCCAAGGGAUCAGAGGAAAUACUCGCACCUUACCUUCUCCCUUCUUAGAUCUGGAGUGUGUGUGUGUGUGUGUGUGUGUGUGUGUGUGUGUGUGUGUGUGUGUGGUGAUGGUGUAAAGCCAGGUGUGGUGGCGCACGCCUUUAAUCCCAGCAGAGGCAGGCAGAUUUCUGAGUUCAAGGCCAACCUGGUCUACAAAGUGAGCUCCAGGACAGCCAGGGCUAUACAGAGAAACCCUGUCUCGAAAAACCAAAAAUAAUAAUAAUUAAUAAUAAUAAUCAGAGUAUAUCCCCAAAUUGCCACCUAGAUGAUGAAGUUGCACCGAGACCCCAUCUCUUGCUUCCUGGCUACACUGCUAGGGAUUUCUCCAGAUACACUUCAAAUGCUAGUCCUCAAAAUACAACUUUAGCAGCACUUUAACAGGUUGGGUUUAGAAUCUUCAGAGUGUUCUUCACAAAUGGUUCACAGUCACCUACUAUGUAGGGCUUGGGGCUGGUGAGAUGAGUGACGUUGACUGUCCCUUUCUGCUAGUACCAACACAGUGCCUCCUACAGGAAGUGCCUUCUGUCCCUUUUCUAUUUUACAUAUCAAGGGAACGUGCUGAAAUUCAUGUAGCCAGUAAUGCCAGCAAAGAUCACCUUAACUCUAGAUGUGAAAAUAAAUAAGGCUGCUAGACGUUAUUGUUUAGCUAAGACUUUGUUUUCCUUGUCUACUUAUAUUUAAAGAAUUUGAAAUAACAGUGUGGAUUUUAAGAGGCCUGUUUCUAUUGUUGUGUUCCUGGUGUGGGUGUUGGCUUUUGUAGUAUUCAUGAUUGUUUAUAUUCACAGUUUGGUCUUACUGGUUUCAGAUGUAUUCUGCUAUGUAAGCAUAAGUCAUUUUACAACGACUGGCCAGGAGCUCUCUCCCUGUCUGUUCUUACCACAGCUGAAGCCACUGCCACAAUUUCUGGACUCUAAGCAGCCUGUCUGACCACUGACAGACCCAUAGAGAUUACCUAGGACCCCAGUGUGAUGCACAGCCAGGCAGGCUGCACUGUGUGGGUGUCUGCUGUUACACUCUGGUGGUGUCUUAGGUAGUAAGGAAGAAUAGGAAGUAAUGAGUAUAAGAUCAUCAGAGAUCCUUAACUUCAGUUCCAAAUAGCUCAUGAGUAUAUUAAGAUGAAUACGGACCAAGGAAUAUCUGUGACUCAUGAAGGAAGUGGCUAUGCCUUGGAACUGGCAUGGUAGAGACUGGCCUGCUGUAUUUCCUGCAGGUUCAUAGCCUCAGGGUGAGCAGUACAUCACCAAGACCCUGAUUGCAAAAAGCCUUGUGCUGCCUGCAGGGCAGGCAGGCUCCUGUACCCACACCUCGUCCCUAGGCCCCUCCCUUGCACGUCCACUGGCAGUGCCAAAUUGCUUCGUUGCUUUAUUUUGUUAUUGUUAUGUUUAAUAGCAAUUGUGCAUAGAGGCCUAAAACCAUCCAGAACUUCUACAAAACCUUAUGAGUACCCUAUUGCAAGUACUUGUGCAAAUGUAAAGAAUGUGUUGUUUGGUAGUGUCGUUUUAAGUGGCAAUUGGUGUUCCUUUUUACAUGCAAAGUUGGACUCUUUUUCUUUUUUUUAGACUUUGUAAAUAAAAACUUUUGCUGCUUUAACUGUUGUAAUAUAUGCUUUAUAAUGUAACCACGUGUUUUUAAAUAAACCUUAUUAUGACUUA